GGAGCUGUAGUGCGGCGGCGAUGCUGGGCGGCGGCCGCGCCGGCCUGGGCCGCCUGCGGAUCUGCGCCGGGCGGUUGUGGCGGGGCCGGCGGAGGGCGGCGGCCAUGGCCGGCGGCGACAUGGGGCAGCGCAUGGUCUGGGUGGACCUGGAGAUGACGGGCCUGGACGUGGAGAAGGACCAGAUCCUGGAGAUGGCGUGUCUGAUCACCGACUGCGACCUCAACGUGCUGGCCGAGGGCCCGAACCUGAUUAUCAACCAGCCCGACGAGCUGCUGGAGAGCAUGUCCGAGUGGUGCAAGGAGCAUCACGGGAAGUCUGGCCUUACUAAGGCUGUGAAGGAGAGUAAAAUCUCGCUGCAGCAGGCGGAGUACGAGUUCCUGUCCUUCGUGCGGCAGCAGACACCGCCCGGGCUCUGUCCCCUCGCAGGUAACUCUGUUCAUGCAGAUAAGAAAUUCCUUGACAAAUACAUGCCGCAGUUCAUGAGGCACCUUCAUUACAGGAUCAUUGACGUGAGCACUGUCAAGGAACUUUGCAGGCGCUGGUAUCCAGAGGAAUACGAGUUUGCACCAAAGAAGGCGGCUUCUCACAGAGCACUUGAUGACAUCAGGGAAAGCAUCAAAGAGCUCCAGUUCUACAGAGACCACAUCUUCAAGAGGAAAACGGAUGAGAAGAAAAGGAAACUGAUUGAGAACGGGGAAAGUGAUAAAGCUGCCAGCUGAUUUCCCCUCCCGCCACACCAGCCCGUAGCACACACUAGAUGCGUCUCCUGGGUUUUUUUUGUUCGCCAGUCUCUUGGGAAGCUGCACCCUGGGUUACCUUGUUUCUUACCAGCUGUUCAAUGCAGACAGAAGCCUGAGUUGCUGCUGCUUUUCAGUUUGAGCGGGGAAUCGGCGCGCUGGGCCCCGGCAGCGCCCGGCUUCGGAUGUUCUGGGCAAAACACGCUGUUUGAUACUCCUUGCACCUGGUUUGGGGUGCAGUCUUUCACGACUCAAUAAAACAGGUCAGUUGAAAGA